AUGUCAACCAUCUCUCCGACCCUCCUUCGUAUCAGCCGGCCGCAAAGCCUUUUCCCCCAACCCGAGUCAAACCCGGCCACUCUCACGACCAGUGGAGAGACUGGCGCCGCCACGACCAACCAGCGCCAUCACCGCCAUAACUUCUCAGAAGACACAGCCCACGAGCUUGGUACCGAGAUUGAGACUACCCCCAACCUGUCACUCCCAUCUUCACCCGCGUUCAGCGGGUCGACGGAAAACCAGCGACAGCCUCUUUCCACAGCACCCCAAGGGCUACUAACUGCAGGCCGCGUCAAGGGACUUGGUGAUGAAGGCUACGAAGCAAUCACCCGCAUCACUCCUCUAUUGACCACGUGUUCUAAUGAGGAUAGUCUGGUGGCUGCAAAGGACGAGGGCUACACAUACCCCGAGAUUAAAAAAAGUAUGGGUUCGACGCCCCCCUGCCGACUCUUCGAAAUGGUUACCGAGCUUUCGAGAAUAAUGGAAAAACACUCGUAA